UCUGUCCUGCUAAUGUGGUCACCGCCAUAGGGAUGCUCAGUGGCCUUUCUGCCAGCAGGGGUUGUUGCACUGCCUGCCUCAUCCCCUCCGUGCUUGGCAGCAGGCAGCUCGGGCCCCUCUACACGGGCCAAGGCACCUGGCGGGGAGGCGAGUGGUGCGCCUGCCGACGGUGGCCUGUUUCCCCCUGAACUGGGGAAUGCCCGGGCGUUCAGCUGAGCGGAGACUGAAAUCCGCUUCGUGGCGUUGGAGCCUUUGCAACUUCCCACGGCUACUUCUGCCCUGCCGACCGCUGCCCGCCCGGCUCUCGGGCGAGGUUCCGCUGCCCGCGGGCUGAGGGCGCGCGUGCCGCGCCCGUUGAGCCCUAACAGCUUCCCGGCGCGGGAGGCGCGUGGGUCGGCUCGCGCCGGCCGGGGAGCCCAGGGUGCUGGCGAGGUGGAGGGGAGAUCGCUCGGUCACCUGCCCGGAGGACUGCCCCUCCGCAGACCUGGCAGGGCACGGGUAGCUCGGUGCAGCCUCCGCGCUGCCGGAGCCCCGCGCCGGGGGCUGAACUCCGGUGGAAGGGGCGCUCCCGUGCGCCCUGCCUCUCCCCAGCCCCCGCUCCCCUCCGCGUGCCUCCUCCUCUGGUCACCGGGACUGAUGAAUUAAUCAUGAUGUGGUUGCUGUUAAUGCAUUUCUGUGGAGCGGGCUGUGCCAGCGGCUCGAGGCGAAGCGCAGCGGGGUGAGGGAGCGAGGAGAGCGCCGGCCCCUCCGCUCCUCUCCGGCGCGGAGCCGCCGCCAGCCGCGCGGAGCCGAGGCUGCGGCCGCACCGCUCUCCAUGGCUCCGGAGGAGAUGCUUCAGAAAUUUGCUGUGUGUUUACCACAAGUCCUGCCAGCCAACUUGAGAGGGGACUUACCUGUUCUUUCAUUAGUCGAGCAUAACAUUAUCUUGAACUAAUUAUUCCUCUCCACAUGGCCUUCCUACUAGUGUCAGCUUAUCUUCUGCUGACUCAUGCUCAGGGUGCACCUGUUGAGAAUGGGGCACUGUUGGAAACACUGAAGUCACAAGUAGGAUUAUUCAGCAAUAAAAGUGAACACUACUCGGCACAGGUGAGACCUCCUGGCACAAACCGACAAAUACCUCAGACGAUCAUCAUAGGAGUUCGCAAAGGAGGAACAAGGGCUUUGCUGGAAAUGUUGGAUAUUCAUCCUAAUAUUGUGGUAGCAGCUACAGAAGUUCACUUCUUUGACUGGGAUGAAAAUUAUGUGAAAGGAAUAGACUGGUAUAGAAGUCUGAUGCCAUUUUCUUAUGGAAAUCAAAUUACAAUUGAGAAAACACCAGGCUAUUUUACAUCACCACAGGCUCCAAAAAGAAUUCAUGACAUGAAUAGCUCCAUUAAACUGCUGCUUAUUCUAAGAGAUCCCACUGAGAGAGUUAUAUCUGACUAUACCCAAGUGUAUUACAACAGAGUAGAAAACCACAAGCCUGUUCAGCUCUUUGAAGAUAUUGUUAUUAAGAAUGGAGCACUUAAUACCAAAUACAAAGCUAUUCAGAGAAGUCUAUAUGAUGUUCAUAUGGAAAAGUGGCUUAAGCAUUUCAGUUUGGAUCAGAUUCACAUAGUGGAUGGCAAUACUUUAAUCAAGGACCCUCUUCCUGAAUUACAGAAAGUUGAAAGAUUUCUAAAUCUUCCUUCACGAAUUAUGUCUUCUAAUUUUUAUUUUAACCAAACCAAGGGAUUCUACUGCAUUAGAAGUGAUGGAAGGGAGAGAUGUUUACAUGAAUCCAAAGGGCGUCCCCAUCCUCUUGUUAACAACACUGUUUUAGAGCAACUGUAUUCGUACUUCAGAGAGCACAAUGCAAAAUUUUACAGAAUGGUUAAUCAUUCCUUUGACUGGCAUUGAUGCAUUUGUAAUCAAUGAUGUUUCUUAAAAAAGGGCCUGAAACAAACUCUUUCAAACGUGUAUUUCUAAAGUGUAGGGAUUCAUGUUAUGAGAACAUAACAUACUGGUUAUAUGCUUCACUGUACUUCACUGAAAUUGUACUAUUUUGUUGGGAAAAAGAAGUUUCAUGUAUUUGAGUGAUUACUAUGAGUCAUAUUCUGAUCUUCUUUCUCUCAUCAUGCAAAUACAUUAACUUUAGCGGACUUAUUUCAGAUAUGUCUCUGUUACAAGAUUUGUGCUGUUUGGAAAAAAAUGACUGCUUCUAAUAGUGUAAAAACUGUAAAUAUUUGAAAUGGUGUUAUUCUAACUGUUAUGUAUUUUUUUUGUUGUUAGUAUUUUUUAUAUCACACACAAUGAUAGUGGCAUUGAUUUCUAGAAUUUUUCAUACAGUAAGUUAAAUUGUAUGUUAAAACGGGGGCUUACAUAGUAGCUCCAAUAAAUAAUUUAUCCUCUGUUAAUAUGCCAAGGUUCUUAAUUGAUUAAUAAUAAAAAGAAUCCAUUUCACCCAUGAUUUUGAAAAGGUGAACUAGAAGCUCUGUAUAUCAUUAGUAUUAAACCAUGCUCUUACUAUCUCGGGUUUACCAAAAAAAUUUCUCCAAAGUACGAAUAUGAACUGUUUGAAGAAGCUUUAAGUCAGAGUUCUGAAUGUAAAGAACUUAAAACAUCCCAGGCUGUUAUUCUGUACAGUUAAAGGGGGAGUGGAGGGCAAAAAACUAUUAAUAUCAGCAACUGUACAAAUAUUUUAUUAGUUGCUUUUGAAUGGACAAGCUCUUCAUUAGUACUACCAUAUUAGUCAUGGUUGUAUUCUGUGACUAAUUAUUCUGUUGCUUUCCUGGCUUUAGUUUACAUAUCUCCAUUGGCACAUUGAUUCUUGUUGAAAAAAAAAAAAAUUGCUUGUCCUCCAAAGCAUGCAGUAUUUUUAUUUUGUUAUUUCUAAUGCAGACCAUGGGAUGUUCUCAACAUUAAAAUAACAUCUUGUUAUACUGUAUAUCUCAGAGACAGUGUUCAAUAUGUUACGUAUUUCAUACUCAGAUUAUAUAUAAAAACCUACCCAUCUAUACCCCUGCAUUAGGAAUUUUCUUGUUUGUUUGCUUUUUGUUUGACAGUACUGUGCUGGUCUCUUCUCCUUUUUCAUGUAAACAUUUCAUUAUAUAUCAAUACCAAAGAAGAAAAUCAACUUAAAAUGUUAAAUAUGGUGCUAGAUGGAACUACAGGUACAGAGGUGCUUGUUUAACAUUGUAUGUUGCAAUCCAGAAACUCUGGUGCAGCCACUGGCAGAAGCAUUCGUCAGCUGUGUUCCUCCUCGGGCUUCUCUGAACGCUGGUGAGCUGUAGUUCUGUGAGCCCACACUGAGCAUCACAGCAUCAAACUCCACCUAACCAUGGUGAGGAUCCCGAACCUGGCUCUUUCUGUCUAGGCCACUGUUCAGCCUACAGGAGUGUAUGUUCCUAACGUGGGAUUUGGUCUUCCACUUCAUAGGCUAAAAGGUACGUAUUACAGCACCAAUUUCUAGGCUUCUAAUACUUUAUGGGGGGGACUACUUAGAUGUUAGGCAGGUAGCAGUAUUCCACUGAAGCUGGACAGAAUCAGACCCAGCCAGAUUAUGUGGAAAUAGCCUUCAUCAAAUGUUCCCUGUUAAAAAUAAUAUAAUUAAUUUAUUCUUUAUCUCUUCAGCUACUUGCAUGUGUAUAUAUGAGAGAAAUUUUUUUUUGGUCAUACAAUUAUCCUCUGAAAUUAUCUUUUUGAUGUAUGAUUAUUUACUACAUCUCUGAUUUCUACAGGUUGUUAUCUACUUCUUCCACCUUUUCUGAGAUUGUGGGUUCUUAAUUAUUAACACUGAUCAGAUCUGGGCAGUACUCAGAAGUAGAAAGUUGAUCUAAAUCAGGUGUGGAAAUACAAAUAUAUUUAUUUCAAAUUAGCCAAAACCCAGGAUGUUUAUGCUGGUCUUAUACCAUCUCUACAAGGACACUGGGUAGGCAAACUGUAAUAAUUACAGUUGUAUAGCUUAACAAUGCCUUCUUUGUUAUUUGUCAAGUAAAAAGUUAACCCAGAAAAAUUUUGAAUUCUGAAUCAGCAGGGUGAUUUUCUGUUGGACCAACACUUUGUAUUUUGUGGGCACAACAUUUUUAUCUGAUAACAGAAACCCCACAUCCAGAUUCCCCGUACUAUUUAACAUAGCCUGUUCUUUCUGACCAAUGCAGUCUCAGUGAUGAACAAAACUCUAAUUUCAGAAACACAAUAUUGCAGGUAGCAACAUAGCAACAGUGUAUAUCAUAGAUUGUAGUUUUUCUUUCAGCAUCACUUUCUGUUUCUUAUACAUUCCAAAACUUUCCAUGUUCUUCUUCUUUUGCUUCUUUUCAAUUAUGGUUCCAUUUAAUAGCAUCAAAUAAGAAUAAGGUUGUUUUUUGUUAUUGUUGUUUUCAAUAAGCUAAUUUGAAAACAAUGUAUAUUUUAACAGAGGUUUCAGGUAGUUGCCAGUAAUUGGAAAGCUCAUGUCUAUAUGUCACAUUUCAUUUAAUAGACUUAGAAGAAAAAAAAUAAUAAUAAAAUCUAAUGUCUUUCUACAUUUGUGCUUGCAGGCAUCAAGUCUUUCUCUUUCUUCUGUGAAGUUUACAGCUAAUCUUUAAAUGAGCUGAACGCAGGAACAGUUGGCAGAAACUGUAUGCAUCUUUGAAAAUGCAGGUCCCUUUCUGGAAUUUACAUUUCAAGGAGAGUUGAUCUGUAUGGAUUAGUGAUGGAUAUAUCUACUUGAUUUGUUAGCAGUCUGUGCUCCUGCUCAGCAUUUUUGGGAAGGACAGAGUUGAUGGAAUGAAUUCAAUUAUUAUUUUAGAGUUUACUAAUACUGGAAGAAAUAUAUUAUUCAUAUUAUAAUUUGGGUGAGGGGUUGGAUAUUUUGGUUUUACGUGAAUGAAGAUUCUCAUCUGAAGUUUUGUUAAAUGGUCUACAAAGAUACAACUUUACCUCUGCAUAACAGAAUUCAGUAAAUAUAGUAGACUGUAAUUUAAAAUUAUCAACAGUUUCUGUCAGUUUCUCGUUUUGUGGUCUGAAAAAUAUUAUCUCAUGCAGCCCCGACCUCCAUUCUUACUUUCUUCAAAAGAUAACCCUCCUUCCCUCAUCCUCAGGAGGGAGAUCAGAUCAACUAAGCCAUACUUUAGUAAUACUGAAAUAAAAAAUACUCAAUUUUUGGCACUUGGAAUUCAAAACUAGACAAAUUGUGGAAAGAACUGGAGGCUCACAAUCAGUUUAAAGAUGUUAUUAACUGCACAGUUCUCAAUUUAAGAAAUUACAAGUAUCUCUUACGAAUUUCCACAAUUGGUAGUGAACCAUAAACUAUUCUUCUCCAAAUUGGCCAUCAAAGGGCUUUCAUCUCAUUAUGUGAUACUCAAGAGGUGUUUACAGAAAUAAAUUCCAUGUGGAAGGUUGUUUAAAGAGAUCAUGCAGUUAUUUCAAAGGUUGUUGAGAGCAUCUGAAACAGAUUAUAUAGUCAUAUGUGUAAGACUAGCACGGAAUUUAUGAUGAUUUGAGGGGUUCUUUGGUGGUGUUUUGCAUUCCACAACUAUUAAACUUUCACUUUAAACAGGGUUUCUUUCCUUUUUUAGUUAAAAUGCCACAGUUAAAGUUGCUUUGAUCUUGUAUCACUGAGAAUUAGCAAUAUUAAGCAACUGCAGCUGUAAUUGGAUCAGUUUAGCUUUUCCACAAUAAGCAUCAUACUCAUACUUAAUACCUAGAUGAGUCUGUUAUUAGUAUAUUUUUAUAUGGGCUGUAUAUAACCUAGAAUACAUAAAGAAAAAGCUUUGGGAAACUUAAGAGCUAGGACUUUGCCCCAAAAAGCUCCUAGUACUUGACUAAUAGGAAGGAAAUAAAGAGGUUCCUUUAUUGCACUCACCCACAUUACUUUGCCAGGAAGAGGGCUGGAUUUUUCAUUGUAUCUAGCUGUUCAAAGGCCUUGGGCUGACAUCUGGUCUUUUCUUUCACUGUUUAGCCUUGAUAGAGAAUUUACAGUUCUUCUUGAAGAAUACCUGUUAAAGCAGAGACAUGUUUGGAGGAUCUAUAGGCAAUAUGGUGGAAAACUUUACAGAAGGUAUACAUUUAGCGCGCAUCAUUGUAUGCUGCUACACAACAACUCCUGCAGUAUCCUUUUGAUAAAAGAAAAUAGAUAAUCCUAUGAAAUGCAUCUGAGAAAUAUUAGAUUGGCUGCUGAAGGGAAGUGCAUUCACAUACAGAGUUUUCUGUCUUCAUUCACUUUUCAAAAGUGCAUCAAAAAGAAAUGUAAAAAUCAAGAUGCUUCCAGCAAGUUUGACUGCUUAUUGCCUGUGUCAAUUCAGACGCUUUCAUGAGUUGGAGAAAAAAAUUUAAAGUGUAAUAGUCCCUAUAAUUUCUUGUUUAAUCUAUGUGGUUAAAAACAAUAACACAGGUUAUCACUUUGCCUUAUAGGAGCACAGUUUAAAGAAAAAAGAAAGAGACAACCUCCAAUACCUUGAUUCACAGUAAGAGUUGCGCAAUAACAAUACUCACAGUAACAUUUCCUUGCAGAGAAAAGAACAUUUAAAUUAUUUGAGGAAAUAUUUUACUCCUGUAGAUUAUUAUUUUCCAUACUUGUGGUUUUGAUCCUUCAUUUCCUUCAAAAGUUUGAAUUUCAUCAUAGAAGUAAACACACACUGGAAUUAAAAUCAGUAAUAAUUUGUCUGGAACAUUAACAAUUACCAGCAGUUAAUGGCCAAUAUUUCAUUACUGGCCAAACAAUUUCCACUUUGGUUAUUUCAGUUUUCAGUGUGACCUACGAAACUGUUUGGCUAUUUUACAAAACAAAUUUAAAAGUUAGAACCAUCUAUGUAUAAAAAGACUCGGUAGUAUCACUCUCUGAUUACUGUGGAACUGGCAUGUCUUUAAGGUUCAUUAACAAUUACAUGAUCUUAGCCCAACUCAUGAAAAAUUUUUGGAAGCCAGGAUACUAACAGAACUGCAAAUUAUAAAUUAGUACUGGAAGCUGAAUCUGCUACUUAGGGAAAAUACAACAGGUUAAAAAUCAGACCGACAUGAAUCAUACUAUCCUGGUAAAAUAGAUGUGAUGUAAAAUGUACAGUAUCUCAUGUAUUAGCUCAUGUAACAAACACUAUGAAGUCUAUUUUCUGAUGCAAAAUGGUCUUUCACUAUUACAUUGUAGGUUAUUUAGUUCAAUUACAAAAACCUCUCAGUAGACGUUAAAACAUCUUAAUGUAAACUCUUUACCUGUUUUUCUCUCAGAGGACAUUUCUCUGGUUCUGUAUUGUUUCCUCUGAGGUAAAAAUGUGGUUUGAGUCACACUGCAACAAAAGUAGAGAGAUAUCCUAUCAGAAUUAAGAAUACUAAUUUGGUUUAUUACAGUUUUUAGUGAAGAACAUUUUUAUAUAUGUACUGAUGAUAGUGUAGCAGUAUCUUCCUAUUUUCUCCUUAUUAGAUAAUAUAAUUCUAUUUUUUCUUACUCUGAAGAAUGUUACUCUAAACUUUUACAUUGUUACUCUAAAGCUCUGACUUACAGAUUUAAAUCAAAUGGCAGUAAUAAAAGGGAAACACAAGUAAAUAAGAAUCCAUUCCCUUUGCCACUCAGACUGGCCAAGAUUUUCUUACUUUUCAACUCUUUUUAUGUGAACAUUUUGAUCCAUCCUAAACUGCCUAUUAGGAAAGUAUCAGCCAAACUUGCAGUAGGAAAAAAUAAGGGCAACUAGAAUGCAAUAAAACCUGAGCUGAAGACCCUCUGCUGCUAAAUAUCUGUUGACAUAAUAUGGCACAGUUACAAAUGAAAAUUAUUAUUUGCCUGAUAAGACAAUGAGCAGGAGUAAGUAACAUGCUACUCGCUCCAGGGAUCUGUCUAGGUAUUCUAUAUGGCUGAAUUAUUUUUACAGUUGUUAGGCUGAGACAUACGUGAAUAUACAUUUUCAAGACACUAUAUUUCAUUUUAUUAGCAAAUACUACAAUAAUGUAGGACAGGUUGAAUAUGUAAUGUCUAUCCCUUGGGUGAAAUGCUGCAGUGUUACUAAGGCAAAUUGAAUGGGAAGUAACAGUUCUGUAAGUACUGGGCAUUUUAAAAUUCCUUAUGGAAAAUUAGCAGCACUAAGUGCAGCAGAUUUGUUGUUGAUUUGACAAGGACUGUCAGCCUAGAAAAAUGCUGUGCAACUGUCAUGAGAAGAUUGAAGAUACCUUUUCUAUACUCUGCCAAGAUACAAAUCUACAGCUCAAGACAAGUGACACAGAUGGAACACUGUAAACUGCAGGGAGUGCGUUGCUGCCCUGAGUGAAGGAAGAUUAAAGGCUUAUAAACAACAUAUGCUAUAGUUAUACACGCAACGCAAACAUCACACAUAGCUUGCAAAAUAUACUCAGUCUAAAAUAAAACCAAGCAGAAUCUUCAGGUGUGCCCUCAAGUGAUCCUAGUGAAGGAAUACUGAACCAGGGACAACAGUUCCAGUACAAGCUAUCUGUAACUUAUUACUUGCAUUAAUAAACAGAAGUAUGGGCUCUGCUCUAGGCAUCUUCUGUGAACUAGCACCACAAACUGCUCUUAAAUUUUUCACCUUGCAGACAAUGGGUAUUGUAUUCAAAAUAAGCUUUAUCCAUUAUGUGCUUGCCAGACAACCCAUGAUUAUCUGACUGAAGUUCUUUGUGAAGUGUACAUACGACAAAAAUGAAUAAAAUAGAUGAACAGAUUUUCUGGAAAAAAAUGGCUAAUGGGUUGCAUACUUAGGGCUUUUUAAUGUAAAGUGAGCAUAGCAAAAGAGCAUUUAAGUAAACUAUCUUUCAUACUUUUCAAAAACAAA